GUGACAAAUAGCUUCGUGAACAUCGUAACAGUCUCGAGAACGAAAAUUUUACUGAAAAGUUUUGACCAAAGAUGAAAAAUUACGUUUGCUAUUUUGGAUUACUUCUUCUUGGAGUUACAAUCGCCAAUGGACAAUUUAGUUUCCCGGGACUUCCAAAAGCUCCAAAAUUGGAUAGUUUUUUGAAUCCAAAGGCUUCGUUUAAUCCGCCUUCGUUGCCCGGAGGACCAACUUUCAGUAUGAAUGUUAGCGGAAGCGCCGGAAGUAACAUUGAGAACUUGAUGAAUCCAAAAUUACCACAAUUGCCGGGACUUUCAGGAGGAAAUUCGAACUCUAAUAAUCCUUUUGGAUUGCCUUCGUUGCCGGGAGUUCCGAAAUUUGGAGAAAAUUCAAAUUCGAACAAUCCGUUUGGGUUACCUUCGUUACCUGGAAUGCCUCAAUUGCCGGGAAUGCCUAAAUUGUCGGAUGUCCCUUCAUUGUCAGGUUUUUCGGGAUUUAAUUCGUCAUCAAAUUCGUCGUCGUCUUUUGGAAGCUUGCCUGGCAUGCCUAAUUUCUUCGAUUCGAAUGGAUUCGCAAAACUCAUGCCAAACUCCUCCAACUUUGCAAAUUCCAAUUCAACUGUCGGCGACGCCUUAAAUUCUCUUGAAAAUGCCGUCAAACGAGCAAAUGACAGCGCCAAUCAAGCACUUUCCAACUUCCAAAACUUCGGCAAUCAUCUCGGAGAACAAAUCAAAAAUGCCUCGGAAGCUGCUCAAUCUCGCAUGAGCCAACAACUUCAAGGUUUAAGCUCGGGCGUUCGUAAUUGCGUCGAGAAAAACGGAAAUCCGGGACAAGCUGGCGUUCAAGCUGCUCAAGAUAGUGCCGUUCAAUGCGUUCAAAAGAAAGUCGAAGAAGCCGUCGGAAUUGUUUCAAACACGCGAAACGAUUUCCAAGCAGCUCAACAGAAUCUCGACUACAUCCGCGAAAAUUUAGCCAAUUGCCAAGUUAACGUGAGCAUGAGUUUGACAGAUUUGCCGAAAUUCAAUUCUUCAAGUCCGAGUUGUGUUGCUUCCGCUUUGUUCAGUAUCGAACCGGAAAAUAUCUUCAAUUUGGCAACUGAUGCCGCUCAAGCUGUUGGAUUAGUUCAAGGAUUGAAAACUUAUGCCAUGAAAUGUCUCGCGAACAUGAUGGGAAAUGUCGCAAAAGCAUCGUUGGAAAAUACCUUGGCGAUUGGAAAAUGUUACGCCGAUUUGGGAAAUAAUUAUUAAAAAAUCCCACAAAGUCCCGUAAAAAAAUAAAAAUGGGUCAAAAAUAAAAAAAAAUUCAAAGAAAAACUUGACUUCCUCUUUUGUGAUGAUAAUAACCGAGACGACAUGUCAUGCGAAAAAAAUGAAAAAAAAAAUAACGAGCGAACAAAAAGAAAUUUCUGAGGUGAUUAU